UCCAUACGUCAAAGUACGAUCGGACUGAUUGGUGUCCAGUGAAGUACAUACGACCCACCGUUGUAAACAAAAAUAGAGAAUUUCAAAGAAUUUCUGAAGUUUUCUGCAUGAAGGAACAUUCAUAAGGCAUCAUUAGUACUUCUGCAGUAAUGCUAAAGGCCGAAAAUUAAACCAAAGUUGAACGAAGAGUGCAAAUUGUCACGGAGUGGAUCCUUAAACCUUUCCCUAAGGUCUUCCAAACAAUCGGAAACGCUGUAACUUGAUUUCCUAGGAAACGAUACAGCACCAAGUGUUGCUCUACUGUUUGCCAACAUCUCAGUAUAAAUUUUAUUUGCAACGAUAUAACAUAUACAAUGAAUCCAUUAUCCAUCCCACAAACCCAUCCAUAAUCGCUUCCGUUGCAUUUUUUCUACAGUAGACAUUCAGCGCAGAUGGGGAUUUGCUCUGAGCAACAUCGCUGAUCGCAUAAAUCAUUUGCCAACUUCACGAAAUACAUACCUUCAUGCAGAAAACUUCAGAAAUUCUUUGAAAUUCUCUAUUUUUGUUUACAACGGUGGGUCGUAUGUACUUCACUGGACACCAAUCAGUCCGAUCGUACUUUGACGUAUGGACAUUUUCAGAUGUCAAACGUCUGAACGUACCCGUUCGAAGUGCAGCGGUGACUAGCGUUAGGUCGUAUCGAUUAGGUCGAAUGAACAACAAACAAUGUUAUAUCGACGUACUGCAGCACGAGAAACUGUACCUGGACAACCUACCGAGCACGGAAUGCUACGAGAAAUCCUUCAUGCACCGGGACACCAUAACCCAUGUGGUGGUGACCAAAACGGACUUCAUCGUGACCGUUAGUCUGGAUGGUCACGUCAAGUUCUGGAAGAAAAUGGAACACGGUAUCGAGUUUGUAAAGCACUUCCGCAGUCAUCUGGCCCCGAUCAACGCACUGGCGGCCAACAAUGCCGGAACGUACCUCUGCACGGCGUCCGUCGACAAAAAUGUGAAGGUGUUCGACGUGAUAAACUUCGAUAUGAUCAACAUGAUCAAGCUGGAUUACGUGCCGUACCGGGCCGAGUGGAUCCACAACACCGGCGAUGCCAUAUCGUACCUGGCCGUGGCGGAUCAAGACUCGAACAGGAUCAACAUUUACGAUGGCAAAGGCACCAACGAGCCUUUGCAUGUCCUGGAUAAACUACACACCAAGCCGGUGGUUCUCAUAAAGUACAAUCCGGUGUAUGAAAUGACCAUCUCCAUCGAUAAAGCCGGAAUAUUGGAGUAUUGGCUGGGAGCACGGAACGACUUCAAGUUUCCAUCGAAGCUGGUGAAUUUCGAAUCCAAGUUGGACACCAGUUUGUACGAGUUAGCCAAGAAUAAGACGGUGGUCACCUCGUUGGCAUUUACUCAGGAUGGCAAAAAGUUUGCCACGGUAUCGACCGACAGGAAGGUGCGAGUAUUUGGUCUUCUCUCCGGAAAACUAUUGAGGGUCUAUGACGAGAGUUUAGCACGAUACAGCGAGAGCCAACAACUCUCCCAGGCACUGUCUAAUAUGGAGUUUGGUCGACGGAUGGCCAACGAGAGAGACCUGGAAAAGUCCGAUUCGUUUCAUUUGAUGAACAUAACCUUCGAUUACAGCGGUCACUUCAUCAUGUAUCCAACAAUGCUGGGUAUCAAACUGGUCAAUAUCGAAACGAGCAAAUGUGUGAAGAUUAUUGGCAAGAACGAUAACUUGAGGCCCCUCAACGUUGCUUUGUUCCAGGGACGCGUUAAGAAUUCGAAGGCCGCUAUAACUUUGGAGCAUGAGGCUUCCGAUAAUCCCACUAUGCAGUCUGCGGUUAAUGAUCCUACUCUAUUCUGCACCGCGUACAAAAAACAACGAUUUUACCUCUACAGUCGAAGACUGCCUUCGGAUCUGCAGGAUGCCGACCGUGACGUGUUCAACGAGAAACCUUCCAAAGAAGACAUCAUAUCCGUUACAGAAGGACAAGGAGAAGGUUCGCAAAAACUGUACGAUCACGCGGUCAUCCACACCACCAUGGGAGACAUCCAUAUGCGCCUGUUCGGCAAAGAGUGCCCGAAAACGGUGGAAAACUUCUGCGUGCACACUAAGAACGGUUACUACAAUGGACACAUCUUCCACCGCGUCAUCAAAGGUUUCAUGAUUCAGACGGGUGAUCCCACCGGAACGGGAACCGGCGGCCAGUCGAUUUGGGGCGGGGAAUUCAAGGAUGAAUUUUGCUCCACGCUAAAGCACGAUCGACCUUACACGGUCAGUAUGGCGAACGCUGGUCCAAACACUAACGGAAGUCAGUUCUUCAUCACGGUGCUGCCAACGCCCUGGCUGGAUAACAAACACACCGUGUUUGGGCGUGUUCACAAAGGAAUGGAAGUGGUGCAGAACAUUUGCAACAGUAAGACCAACCCGAAAACUGACAAACCCUACGAUGAGAUUCGGAUAAUUUCGAUCAAUCUUUCGUAAAGACGGUAAGUGCAACAACUCACAAACAAGUUUUAUUCUAGUAGUUGUGUCGAUUGUUUUAGAAUAAGCUAAGAAAUAAAUUAUUGUACUUGAUUGUA